AAAAAUUAACUACGUAGACAAAAUUUUUGCAUCUAAAAAAAUAUGCAUCAUCCAGAUGAAAAAAUACUUGUCAUUUAAAGUACAUAUGCCUGAGUGAUCCUACACUUCUUUUUUUUUAAAUAGACACGAAUCAAACAUUAUUUUAUAUUGUGUACUUAAUAUUUCGACAAUGACCGUGAAUUCUCUAGGUCAAGUUGAUUUUUCAUAAUCAUCCGUACUCGUAGACGUUUUUGUGCCGACGCGACGUAUGAAGUUAAUGAAUCAGGUUUCGCGGAGUUUCCCCUCCGAAUUCCAUAAACAAAUAUACUUAAUCUCAAAUGAAGUCGAGAGUUGUCGGUUGCAAUGUGUACACCAUAUCUACGUACCUAUUACGAAUACAUUCAGACUACGAAUAGAAUUCGUGAAGUGAUAACGUAAUAAUUUCGGGACAGUAGGUCUAGGUCUAGAUACUUUAUAACCAUUAAAAUGGAAAAAUUCGCCAAUAAAGUCGCUAUUGUGACCGGAAGUAGCUCUGGUAUAGGAUCAGCGAUUACCACUGAAUUGGUUAAACAUGGAGUUAUCGUCGUCGGUGUAGCUAGAAGAAUCGAUAGAUUGAAGAAAAUUGCUGAUGACUUGAAUGAGCCUGGAAAGGCAGCUAGAUUUCAUCCUUUAAAAUGUGAUGUGACGGUUGAAAGUGAAAUUGAAAAAUCAUUUAAAUGGAUUACGUCUGAAAUCGGUCCUGUUGCCAUACUGGUAAAUAAUGCUGGGGCGUUGAAACCAUCUCUUCUCAAAGAUGUUACUGCUGAAAUGAUAUCUCAAGUAUUUGACACGAAUGUGAAAGCAGCCAUGCUAUGGGCGAAAUUGGCGGUUGAGAGUAUGACAAAAAAUUCAAUCGAAGGUCAUAUAAUCAACAUAAAUAGUGUGGCUGGCCAUGUGUUACUAAGUUACAAGCCUAAUCCACUUCAAGUUUAUAGCGCUUCAAAAUUCGCUCAAAGAGCUUAUUCUGAAGCACUACGAAGGGAGCUCGUCAGCCAAAAUGCGGACAUCAAAGUUACAAACUUGAGCCCGGGAGCUACUCUUACUGAAAUGAUGACAGAAUUUGAAUCAAGUGCAGGAUCAUUACCGGAUAAAAAAAUUUUGGCUCCUAAAGAUAUCGCUAAUGCUUGCAUUUAUGUUUUGAGUACUCCUUCAAACGUAUUGGUAUCCGAACUCUCCAUAAUGCCUCUUCAUCAAGACCUAUGAUAAAAUUCUCAUUAUAAUAAAUUCAUAAGUAUAUCCGCCUAAGUAGGUAUUUAUCUACUAACCUAAUUUGUAAAAUAAUUAAUCGAAUGAAAUAAACAUUUUUAUAACAUGA